AUGCUGGAUAUAAAUGUGUCUAGAGCAAAAAGGAAACAAUUGAUUCGCCUCAACACUGCAUCGCGGAACAUCCAAAACCCUUCGAUCGCCUCCGGACGUGCAAUCGACGCUUCACUAAAUCGAUUCGGACUCCAAACUGUUCGCCGUCGCGGCGGCGCGAAACCACGGGCCACGCCAUCAGUUAAAACUACGUUCGUGUUGAAGCGGGACGGGUAUAGUCCA